AUGAAAGAUAAAAGCGUAGAUGUAGUGACAUACAUGGAUGAACAGGGUCAAUUGUAUGGGAUAACCAACAAUGGGGAGUGGGUUGAUUUCAAUAAGGAGGACACCGUUAAGCGUCCGUCGCUUGGUUCAAACUAUUCAAAUACAUCAAUCAAAUCAACUAAACCACACAGCCACCACCAACGAAACAUAAACGAUAAAGGGCCUUUUGCCAAAAUGGGGUUUAUCAACUAUUGCUCGGCUAUGUUUGCCGGUCUGUCUUUAUGUGGGAUUCUGUAUGUGCUGUGUAAUGUAGUCUGGGUGAGUCUGGACAAUCUUCAUUCUCUUUCGUAUAAUACACGUGUUGCGGCCGAUCAGAAUAUUGUAUCAGCCCUGGCCCUUGGAACAGUUCUUUUUGUUCUUAUCGCGGGGUAUAUGCUUCUUGUGUUCCGGCGAGCUUUCCCUCGGAACUGUAGUAAAGUCGCCUCAAUGGCUUACUUGGCAAUUGGAUGUGUAGUGACCGUAGUGCAUUUGGGACUUAUGGGAGUUGCAAUGUACUUCUUAGCGCCAAUGAUAACUAAACUUGCCGUUGAUAACACAGUUAUUAUGUUUGCUAUCAACAACUUCUUUAUGAUAACUUUACCAGCGAUUGCAGUGUUUUUGAUGCUUAUCGGCUUAAUAAUAGAUCUACUAGGCCCAAGACAUAUCGCGCCAAAACCGAACUAUUCAGUUGCAAAGACUUGGAGGCGACGACUGGUGAUUGUUUUAGUACUAGCACUCUUUGUGGGAGCAAACAUCAUCAUUGUAACGAAUCACCAACUCCUUGGUGAAAAGAUCUCGAAGGCACUGGGUUGGAUGGCCGCUGUUACCCACCUACCUAAGUCAUAA